AUGGACGGGACCGGGGAGCGCAGCCUCCCGGAGCCGGGCAGCCAGGACUCCCGGGCGGGCGACGACAUCGAGAUCGUGGUCAACGUGGGGGGCGUGCGGCAGGUGCUGUACGGAGACCUCCUGAGCCGGUACCCCGAGACCCGGCUGGCCGAGCUCAUCCACUGCUUGGCCGGGGGCUACGACACCAUCUUCUCCCUGUGCGACGACUACGACCCCGGGAAGCGCGAGUUCUACUUCGACAGGGACCCGGACGCCUUCAAAUGUGUCAUUGAGGUCUACUACUUCGGAGAGGUGCACAUGAAGAAGGGCAUCUGUCCCAUCUGCUUCAAGAACGAGAUGGACUUCUGGAAGGUGGACCUCAAGUUCCUAGACGACUGCUGCAAGAGCCAUCUGAGCGAGAAGCGCGAGGAGCUGGAGGAGAUUGCGCGCCGCGUGCAGCUCAUCCUGGACGACCUGGGCGUGGACACGGCCGAGGGCCGCUGGCGCCGCUGCCAGAAGUGCGUCUGGAAAUUCCUGGAGAAGCCCGAGUCUUCGUGUCCGGCGCGCGUGGUGGCCGUGCUGUCCUUCCUGCUCAUCCUGGUCUCGUCGGUGGUCAUGUGCAUGGGCACCAUCCCAGAGCUGCAGGUCCUGGACGCCGAGGGCAACCGCGUGGAGCACCCGACGCUGGAGAACGUGGAGACGGCGUGCAUCGGCUGGUUCACGCUGGAGUACCUGCUGCGCCUCUUCUCUUCGCCCAACAAGCUGCACUUCGCCCUGUCCUUCAUGAACAUCGUGGAUGUGCUGGCCAUCCUUCCGUUCUACGUGAGUCUCACGCUCACGCACCUGGGCGCCCGCAUGAUGGAGCUGACCAACGUGCAGCAGGCGGUACAGGCCCUGCGGAUCAUGCGCAUCGCCCGCAUCUUCAAGCUGGCGCGCCACUCCUCCGGGCUGCAGACCCUCACUUACGCCCUCAAGCGCAGCUUCAAGGAACUGGGGCUGCUGCUCAUGUACCUGGCCGUUGGCAUCUUCGUCUUCUCCGCCCUGGGCUACACCAUGGAGCAGAGCCACCCGGAAACCCUAUUUAAGAGCAUCCCCCAGUCCUUCUGGUGGGCCAUCAUCACCAUGACCACGGUGGGCUACGGUGACAUCUACCCCAAGACCACCCUGGGCAAGCUCAAUGCGGCCAUCAGCUUCCUGUGUGGGGUCAUUGCCAUUGCCCUGCCCAUUCAUCCCAUCAUCAACAACUUUGUCAGAUACUACAACAAGCAGCGAGUCCUGGAGACGGCGGCCAGGCACGAGCUGGAGCUGAUGGAGCUCAACUCCGGCACUUCCGGGGAGGGCAAGGCAGGGGGCUCCCGCGGCGACCUGGACCACCUCCCGCCGCCGGAGCCCGCCGGGAAGGAGGGCCCGAGCUGGAGCAGCCGGCUGAAGCUGUCCCACAGCGACACCUUCAUCCCGCUGCUGACCGAGGAGAAGCACCAUAGGACCCGGCUCCAGAGCUGCAAGUGAUGGGGGCCGACCCGGGCACAGACAGGCCGGCCAGUGGAGAGAUGGAUGGACCGGUGUGACGGGACUGUCCAUGACUGCCCGGGAGGGGCUGUCCUUUGUCCCCCCGC